AAAUACCAAAGAUGUUAAAAGGAAAUACAAUUCCAUUUGGUCUUUGUUUCGAUAUCGUAAUUCGAGGAAAAUCAUUUUCAUUCUUAUCCAAAAUUAUUGUACCCCAUCUCCACCUCCCACCCCAUUCCUGCAGAAAGCCUAUAAAUUGAAGUCAUGGGAAGACACCCAUUUCAUAGCUAGUGUUUCAUUUCUUAUAAUUGUACGUGUAUCAUUUAUAUCGAAAAUACCGUUCUACCCAUGGCUGCAUCUUUCUCAGUUCCUUCAAUGAUUUUGGAAGAGGAAGGAAAAUUUCAAGCAGAGGUAGCAGAGGUGCAAGCAUGGUGGAACACAGAGCGUUUCAAAAACACGCGCCGCCCAUACUCCGCCCGCGAUGUAGCGUCUCUCCGUGGCAACCUCCGCCAAUCCUAUGGCUCAAAUGAGCUGGCCAGGAAGCUCUGGCGAACCCUCAAGGCCCAUCAAGCCAAUGGUACGUCUUCACGUACGUUCGGUGCCCUGGACCCAGUCCAGGUCACCAUGAUGGCCAAACACCUCGACACUAUUUAUGUGUCGGGGUGGCAGUGCUCAUCCACUCAUACAUCCACAAAUGAGCCCGGUCCAGACCUUGCUGACUAUCCGUACGACACGGUUCCCAAUAAAGUCGAGCACUUGUAUUUUGCUCAACAGUACCAUGACCGAAAACAAAGGGAGGCUCGAAUGAACAUGAGCCAGGAGGAGCGGGCUCGGACCCCUUUCAUUGACUACCUAAAGCCCAUCAUAGCCGACGGUGACACUGGAUUUGGUGGUGCCACCGCGACCGUAAAGCUUUGUAAGCUUUUUGUGGAACGCGGUGCUGCUGGGGUCCACAUAGAGGACCAGUCGUCGGUUACCAAGAAAUGUGGUCACAUGGCCGGAAAAGUUUUGGUGGCGGUUAGCGAACAUAUCAAUAGGCUUGUAGCUGCACGUCUACAGUUUGACAUAAUGGGAACUGAAACUGUGUUGGUCGCUCGUACUGAUGCGGUGGGGGCCACCCUAAUCCAAACCAACAUCGAUACGAGAGACCAUCAGUUCAUUAUUGGUGUGACCAACCCUAAACUUAAAGGGAAAGGGUUGGCCACACUGUUAUCCGAGGCAAUGGCUGCCGGGAAAAGUGGGCCUGAGCUUCAGGCCCUAGAAGACAAUUGGCUAUCGAUGGCGCAUCUGAAAACAUUUUCAGAUGCCGUUGUGGAUGCUAUCGGAGCAAUGAACGUGUCCGAAGCCGAAAAGAGAAGAAAGUUGAAUGAAUGGAUGAAUCACUCGAGUUACGACAAGUGCUUGUCUAACGAGGAUGCUAGAGAAAUCGUCGCGAGACUAGGGUUAACCAACUUCUUUUGGGACUGGGACUUGCCAAGAACAAGAGAAGGUUUCUACCGGUUCAAAGGCUCGGUUGAAGCCGCAAUUGUCCGUGGUUGGGCUUUCGCAAACCACGCUGAUGUCAUAUGGAUGGAGACCGCGAGCCCAGACAUGGUCGAGUGCACCAAAUUCGCUCAAGGGGUUAAGAACAUGACACCGGACACCAUGUUAGCUUACAACCUCUCCCCAUCUUUCAACUGGGACGCCUCGGGGAUGACCGACCGCCAAAUGAUGGACUUCAUCCCACGAAUAGCCAAGUUGGGAUAUGUUUGGCAGUUUAUCACACUAGCGGGUUUCCAUGCGGACGCCUUGAUCAUCGAUACCUUUGCGAAAGAUUUCGCGACGAGAGGGAUGUUGGCUUAUGUGGAGAAGAUUCAAAGAGAGGAGAGGAAGCAUGGGGUGGACACAUUGGCUCAUCAAAAAUGGUCAGGUGCAAAUUAUUAUGAUAGGGUGCUAAGGACUGUUCAAGGUGGAAUCACUUCAACUGCUGCUAUGGGCAAAGGAGUUACCGAGGAACAGUUCAAGGAGACAUGGACGAGGAGCGGAGCGACCGACAUGGGAGACGCAAGCGUUGUGAUCGCGAAAUCGAGGAUGUAGACCCUCUUGGGUUUGUCGGAAUAUCUACACCAGAACGUCGGCGAAGUUUGAACGUUUUGUUUAUUAUUGGUUUGAUUGUGUUUUGGAGUUGUUAUAAUGAUGAAUAAUGUGGGGUGGUUUUGUGUUAGCCGUUAGGCAUUGGCAUGGUGUUGAAAACAAAUGUUUUUCAUGUUUGUAUUUUUAUGGUAAACCUUUAUAUAAAUUAAAAUAUAAUCUAUUACGUUGUUGGGUUA